AAUAAAUACACAUGCAAUUGUACGUAAAUGGAUAACUCGACUCUCUAUCUCUCAGGACUUAUCAAAAGCAAGCAAAUAAUGGCUCAAAAGGUGGAAGCACAAGGAGGCGUGGGAGGAGAUGUAUGGGAUGAUGGUGUUUAUGACGGCGUUAGAAAGGUGCAUGUAGGACAAGGCCAAGAUGGUGUAUCGUUUAUCAAUGCCGUGUACGAGAAGGGUUCUCAGGAGGUUGAAGGAGGUGAACAUGGAAAUAAGACACUACUUGGAUUCGAAACGUUCGAGGUUGAUGCAGACGACUACAUCAUAGCAGUGCAGGUAACCUACGACAAAAUAUUUGGCCAUGAGUCCGACGUCAUCACAUCUAUUACCUUCUAUACGUCCAAAGGGAAAGCCUCUCCACCCUAUGGAUUAGAGACCGACAAAAAGUUUGUACUCAAGGAAAAAAACGGCGGUAAACUUCUUGGGUUCCAUGGACGCGCGGGAGAGGUUCUGCAUGCUCUUGGUGCGUAUUUCGUUACAACCACAACUCCUUUGACUCCUGCCAAGAAGCUGCCAGCAGUUGGUGGUGAUGGAGGAACCGCAUGGGAUGAUGGUGCUUACGAUGGUGUUAGAAAGUUGUUUGUUGGACAAGCACAAGAUGGUAUAUCAGUCGUCAAGUUUGUGUACGACAAGGGGGCUGAGGAAAUUAUAGGAGAUGAACAUGGAAAUAGUACUUUACUCGGAUUCGAAGAGUUUGUACUUGACUAUCCUAGUGAGUACAUCACGUCAGUUGAAGGCACAUAUGAUAAGAUAUUUGGGAGUGACUCUGAGGUCGUUACCAUGCUUAGGUUCAAGACCAAUAAGCAAACGUCUGCUCCCUUUGGAAUUGAAGCUGGGACACCCUUCGAACUCAAAGAGGAAGGCUCCAAGAUCGUCGGGUUCCAUGGAAAAGUCAGUGAGCGGCUUCAUCAGUUUGGAGUCCAUGUUCUUCCAAUCACUUAUUGAUCAUCACAUGUUUUCCUUUCAUUCCCUUCCAUUAAGUUUCCUACCUUUUCUGUUCUGUUUGUUUAUGUUUCCAGUGUGUUAUUGUCUCCUUUAUGAUGUUGUCAUGUGUUUGAUGCUAUAUAUCUGUCUGCUUUAAUAAAAUGGUUGAUUUGAAC